AUGAAACAAACCAACAUAAACAUCACCGAGCACACACCUCUUUUCACUGGUAAGAACAAGAAAAAGCCGUCAACAAUGGUCAUCAUUUCGUCUUCAGCAAUGCUAUCAAGACCAUCCCCAAAGCGAAUAUGGACACCUACCGGUAUCAAUGUCUAUAAGAAGGUGUAUGAUAAGAGUGACGAGAAGCUGAUUGAUCAUAUUAAAGAGACAUCCUUGAAACGUUACGGUCAGCCAGCAAAAGACGAGCAAGUUGAGGCAGUGUUCAAUCUUGUGCAAGGUCGAAACACUUUUCUCUUGGCCGGGACGGGCUUUGGAAAGUCUCGAAUUGCUGAGAUCUAUUACAAGAUGAUCCCAGUGAAGUCUCGCGCAGUCGUACUUGUUCUAAAUCCACUCGACUCACUUGGAGACAAUCAAGUUCUGGAAAAACAUCAAGCUGGCUUUACUGAAAUCAACCUGACGAAGCUGACGUUCAACCCAGAAGUUGCACAAGAUAUAAUGGACGGAGUGUACCAGUUCGUAUACUUGAGUCCAGAAAUCUUCCUCAACAACAAGCUCUUUGAAAGGUGCUACUUCAGCACGGAUUUCCAGAACCGACUGGCGUUGAUCGUGGUAGACGAGGCGCAUAUGAUCUAUAUAUGGGGCCUGGUUGAAAGUUCAACAUCGAAAACAUCAACUUCGGCCCACUUUCGUUUUGAGGACUACGGCAUCUUCCGGCCUUCUUAUGGGAAACUUGGGGCCCAGCUCUUGUUCCGAAAUGACAAGCCUAUCUUGUUGCUCUCGGCCACAUGCCGACCAGUUGCCGUGGAUGCGAUCAAGAGGAGCUUGAAAUUGAACGACGACAGUGUUGACAUUAUUCGAGCGGAGUUAACCAGGCCUGAAAUCCGAAUCAUCCGGGUGACGAUGGAAAAAUCACUUGCGUCUUCACUAGACGUGAUAAAGCUGUUCCCUUCGCAUCAACACGUGGCCGAUGCGGAUAUGGUUCCUGCUUUGAUUUACAGUGGCUCUCGUAACCGGACUUUGACUGUGAUGGAUGUCAUUGGCAUGGCGCGCGAGACACCUGGGGCAGCCUCCAUUCCAAACGGUGGCUGCGUGCGGCGUUUCCAUUCGUGUACCGGCGAUGACGAUAAGGUAUCUUGUGCUGAAGACUUUGCGGCUGGGAAUUUCCCACUCAUCUCAUGCACCAUGGCGCUUGGCCUCGGUCAGAACUGGAAGCGCGUGCGUAUGGUAGCACACAUGGGAAGAGGCGAUCCCGCGAAUGUGUGUCAGAUGAUCGGUCGGUGUGGUAGGGACGGGAAGGCAGGGUUGGCUGUGAUGUUUGUGGAGAAGACCCGUCGAGGAGGGAAGAACACGGUUGACAAGUUCUCACAAGGCCAUCCCCAAACGGAUCUAGACCGAAUGGAUGCCAUGGCUAUCACUCCCCUUUGUUUGCGAGUGGCCUUUUCAGUAGACAAUCUGUUUGGAUAUGUACCGCUUAUGGCUGAUGAUGAGGCCUACCUCAAUGAACGGGCCCGUGAAGAGUCGAUGGGGAUGCCGAAGUGUAACUGUUCCAACUGUGCCCCUGAAGCCGGUAGGUUGGUAAUGGAAGGACUGGUCUUUGCCAAUAAGAGCAACUUUGAUGAUAUAAUAAAUGAUGCGUUUGUUCCACCGAUAUCAUACGGCUUGAAGCACAAAUACCCCAAAAAGCCUUCGAUGGUCAAGAAGCACAAAUUCACAGAAGAUGACGAAGAAGAGAUCGAUUGCUUUGCGGCUCGUCUCUUGAGUGAUCUUUAUCUCUUCUACGAUACAGAGGUCUCACCAGGUGGAACUAUACUGGCAUCGGACUUGUUUGGAAAGGACGAGUGCGUUUCGGUCUUGGCUAGCUUAGAGAACAUUUCUCAGGUUCAAGAUCUUCGUUCGGUCGUUGGGGGGGAAUGUUUUGUAGGGGAGGCUCAGUGGUUGUUCAACUGGAUCACCGAAUUCAAGUUGAAGCCGCAAACGAUGAACACACCCGCUGGGACUUUGAUCAAAGCGAUCAAGAAGCCUAGGAAUACAGGCAAGGCAUCAGCCCAGGCUGUUUCUACCAUCCCGGAUGGUGUGCGACAGGCGCCUGCCCCUAGGCCACCUACUAAGAGGGCGCUUGCUCAAGCAGAAAGCAGACGGAAAUCACUAGAGCGACAGGCUGCAAAGAAGAGGGAAGACGAGAUCAAGGAGAUCCGAAGAAAUCAAAUUGCGAUGAUCAUGUCACAAACGUUGGCCGAUCAUUCAACUAAUCACUAG